UUUUUCCUGUUAUGCAGUUCAUAGAAGACCUGACGGGUGCUCAGGACGGUAGUGUACGAAUGUUUGAAUGGGGUCAUGCACAGCAAAUCACAUGUUUUCGGUCUGGUGGCAACUCAAGGGUAACUCGAAUGAGGUUCAAUUAUCAAGGAAAUAAGUUUGGAAUUGUUGAUGCUGAUGGAUAUAUAAGUUUAUAUCAAACAAAUUGGAAAUGUUGCCCACUUACUGGAACCUCACCUAAACCGUAUUUGACAUGGCAGUGUCAUAACAAAACAGCCAAUGACUUUGUUUUCAUCAGUUCAUCAUCUUUGAUAGCCACAGCAGGAUUGUCUUCUGACAACAGAAAUAUUUGUCUUUGGGAUACUUUGGUUUCACCUACAAAUAGCUUGGUGCAUGCUUUUAUCUGUCAUGAUAGUGGAGCAACUGUGCUAGCAUAUGCUCCAAAACAUCAGCUAUUAAUAUCUGGAGGCAGAAAAGGCUUUACAUGUAUAAUUGAUCUUCGCCAAAAACAGCAGCAACAGUUACUCCAGAGUCAUGAUUCUCCAGUCAAAGCAAUUGCUAUUGAUCCUACAGAAGAGUAUUUUGUCACAGGAUCUGCUGAAGGCAACAUAAAGGUAUGGAGUCUCUCUACAUUCAGUCUUCUUCACACUUUCAUCAAUGAGCAUGCUCGACAGUCUCUCUUCAGAAACAUUGGGACGGGAGUCAUGCAAAUUGAGACAGGACCAGCAAAUCACAUAUUCUCCUGUGGUGCUGAUGGAACAGUAAAGAUGAGAGUCUUGCCUGAUAGAUUCAGUCCUUUAAAUUAUGUGUUAAAAAAUGAUGUGAAAUUUAUGAUUUAA